AUGGAUGAAAUAUCUAAUCACAGCGCAGCAAUGAACCGAAGUUCACCUGGCGACGAGAAAUUCAGUUUCGAAGACAUCGAUGUCAGCGCAGACGGCACCCUCAUCUUGAGGGUACUCAUCUCCGUGGUGUACUCUGUAGUUUGCGCGGUGGGUUUAGUGGGGAAUCUGCUCGUCUUUUUCCUAAUGAGGUUACGACAAGGUCGGAAGAACUCCACCAUCAAUUUCUUCAUCACCAACUUGGCGGUCACGGACUUCCAGUUCGUGCUCACUCUGCCCUUCUGGGCCGUGGACACCGCGCUGGACUUCAGCUGGCCGUUUGGAGACGCCAUGUGCAAAAUCAUUCUCUCGGUCACAGUGAUGAACAUGUACGCCAGCGUGUUUUUCCUCACUGCCAUGAGUGUGACCCGCUACUUGUCUGUCGCCUCGUCUCUAAAGAAAAAUUCUUGUAGGAGGUCACGGUGUGUGAAGUGGGUGUGCGCAGUGCUGUGGGUGGCGGCAACAGUGGCCACAGCUCCGACAACUAUCUUCUCCACAGUGACUGUGGUUGCUGGAGAAAAACUCUGCCUCCUCAAGUUUCCUGAAGGGCACGACUGGCUCGCUCUUUAUCACAUCCAGAAAAUAUUGAUCGCCUUCAUCGUCCCUAUGCUCAUAGUGUCUGUUAACUACAUGAUGCUCUUGCGCUUCCUAAGACAGAGGAGCAUGAACAGCACCAACCCUAGAAGGAGGUCCAGAGUCACCAAAUCUGUAGCUAUAGUGGUUUUGUCUUUCUUCUGCUGCUGGAUGCCAAAUCAUGCCAUCACCUUCUGGGGUGUCUUGGUCAAAUUUAACGCAGUCAACUGGGAUAAAUUAUAUUACACGGUUCACACGUACGUGUUCCCGGUCACUGUGUGCUUGGCGCACGCAAACAGCUGCUUGAACCCGGUACUUUACUGCCUGAUGAGGCCAGAGAUUAGAAAGAUGCUCAGAGGUUUGUUUUGGAGAGUCUCCACUCCAUCCUCCAACAAGGGCUGCGCGACGCGCUCUUUUACGCAUGGAGAAACCCAGGGAGUCGUGCCUCUCCAGAUUAUGGACAACGGAGAGUACACGCUAUCCAUCAUAGACCGCAAAGGCUUAUCAAGCUCCAAUAUGAUCCCAUACACCCAACAUUAA